AUCUGCCGGCGGCUAAAUGCGGCUUUUACGGGUUCGUGUUAUAAAAUAUCUGAAAGCCCUUAGGUCAAAGUUUUAUGAGUUACCGCUGCUGUCUGGAGGCUUUAAAUAUUAAAUACGGUUUGUUUUCAUCUUUUAAAGUGAUAGCCGAAUUAUAAAGUGGUUUUCAGGGGACAUGUCUGAGGUCGUUAGCCGUGCAAAGGGCGCAGGGGCAGCGUCUAAGAAUAGUGUGUGUCUAAAAUGAGUCCGCCGCGGCUAGCUGCUAGCUCAGCUAACUUCUGAGUAACUUUGCUUCGGGCCACUUUAAGGGACCAUCGUCAAAGGUGCAGAGGCCAGCAGAGGGAGCGCUGCGCAGAGCCGUGCCCUCACUGCGCCGCUUUAAGUGAAAUGGGAAGCCUUGAAACCUCCAUGUUUGUAUCUUGAAAUUGCGAGCGGAGUUGAGCACCAUAUUGAAUCAAAGUUGCCAACUCCUACACAAACCUUUAAAAACUUCCACACGUCAAAGUUUAGCGCGUAUCCGAGCGGUCAGACGCAUCCGAAGAGGAAUGGGGCGCGCUGUAGCCGACUUGUUGCGAUGUUUCCCGGGGCGUUUCAGCUUUGUUUCGCUCACGUUAAAGUUGGGUUAAUGCAGCACCGAGUCGGCGGACAAUCUCUAACUUUAAAGUGUGAAGUUAGCACUCUGGACCACACCUGGAUGUGUAUGGACAAUCCGUCCUCUAUAAUCACCCAAGUCAGCCGGGAUGAAGAGGGAAAUAAAGCCGCGGGAGAGAGGGGUUCUUCUCCCUCUCUGUCCUCGAAGAAACCCAGGAGUGGAGGCCUCUUCUCCAGCCUUUUCUGCUGCCUGUGUCGGGACCAGCCUGAACCACCACCCGUCAACAACAACGCCCCUCUCUUGGUAGAAGAGAAUGGAACUGUGUCCAAGAUCCAGGCAAAGCCGCUGUUGCCUCCAGCGAAGUCAAAAGAUGCUGGAAAGAUCUGUGUGGUUAUAGAUCUGGAUGAGACGUUAGUUCACAGCUCUUUUAAGCCUGUGAACAACGCAGAUUUCAUCAUUCCUGUGGAAAUUGAUGGAACAGUACAUCAGGUGUAUGUCCUGAAGCGGCCCCAUGUCGACGAGUUCCUGAAGAGGAUGGGGGAGCUGUUCGAGUGUGUCCUUUUCACUGCCAGUUUAGCUAAGUAUGCAGACCCAGUCUCCGAUCUCCUGGACAAGUGGGGUGCUUUCCGCUGCCGCCUUUUCCGGGAGUCUUGCGUCUUUCACCGAGGGAAUUACGUCAAGGACCUGAGUCGCCUGGGUCGUGACCUUAACAAAGUCAUUAUAGUGGACAACUCCCCCGCCUCCUACAUCUUCCAUCCCGACAACGCAGUGCCUGUGGCCUCGUGGUUUGACGACAUGUCCGACACCGAGCUACUCGACCUCAUCCCGUUCUUCGAGAGGCUGAGCAAAGUGGAUAACGUCUACACAGUCCUCAAGCAACAAGGGACCUCAAGCUAACGCCGUUUGACUUUUCAUCUCAGCUCUGAACAAAACGGCGUACAAAGCAACCCCCACCGCCACCCCCACCUCAAUAAUACCACACCAGCGAGGCUCCAGCACCAGCUCCAGCCAUCACUGCCCACCAGAACACAGACUGCUUCACAGCCGAAGGAGCCGUCAAACCGACCCUCCCACCAUCAAACAAAAGUCAGGUUUGGGGAGUCUUCAGUGACUUUAAUGGCCUCGACACUGCCACCUCCUGGUCAGACAGCAAACUGUCUGUAAUUUGCCUUCCAAGAACCAGCUGAUGUGAGUGAAUGGAUGAGCGGAUGCGUGAAUGUUUCACGGCGAUUCUGCAGCCCCACUGAACUUGCAGGAGAGUAAACGGAGCAGAGGUCCGUAGCCAUGAAUCCUCUGGACCGGGUGCCGGACACAGACUUCACGUGGAUUCAGCAGCCCGAACGUGCGAGACUGGCAGGAAUUUUCGGAAAGGUUUACGCGUCUAUAAACUUGAUCUGUUGGAUCAUUGAAAGGGCAGGUGUGAGGUAUACGUACUGUAGAUGUCUUUUAAACAUGUUGGAACAGCAUUAUCUUUGUCACACCCUAAUUUUAUCACACUAUUUGUCUCCAGUCAAAAGCAUGUGAUCCUCAGUUGUCAUUUUUAGAGCUUUUAGAGUGACGUGGUCUGGUUUUUAAUAGUCAUGAGUUAUCAGUGUUAUGAAUGAAUCAGAUUUUUAAAAAGUGUUUUACUCAGUGGGGAUUGUGAGCUCAUAUAUAAUUGAGUUGUUGAAUAAACUAAUAAAAAAGUGAUUGGACCACUUUUAAAGUAAACCUGCAGUUACCCCAUUUUACUGCAGGUUAGAUUUGAGCUAAAUGUAUAUACUAAGCCCAUCUCAAACCAGUAAACACACUGUAAUAAAUUGGGAUAACGUCGGCAUGAUUUUAAGUAUUUACUUUUAUCUUCUAUAUGGUGGAAAAAUCAGUUGGAUUCACAGCAGCGAAUCAGGUCGCGGCUGCAGUAUUUUAUCAAAACCUCACACUAAUCUUUGAAUAUCCAUCCAUCUGCACUUGAAAGUGACAGAGCAGCUGUUAGAUGUUAGUCUCCUGCUUUAAAGCCACACAAACCUGAAUUUUCCUUCUUUGUAUUUACAGACUGUAAUAGUUUUAUGAUGCAAAAAAAAAGGUCAGUUUGGUUGUCAACGUACCUUUUUUUUUUUUUCUUCUUCUUCUUCUUCUUCUUAAGCGGUACACCCAGGCUGGAAACAAUUUCAGGAUUUGGGUCAUAAAAUAUGUGUUGGGGGGGGGGCUGCCACAAGUACCCGAGAAUAUAUAAGGACUCACUUUUAAAAACAAAGUGUGGUUUAGUUGGUGCAGAGUUUAAAGGAGAUAUCCACCCCAAAACAGCUUAAACACUACAAAUAAACUGCAAUUAGUGAUGCCUUCUACCGGAUCUUUGGAAAAGAAAAAAAUAGAGAUUGGAUUGUGUGCAGAUUACGGAAUGUUUCUGGAAGAGCAGCUGCAGCAGAUCUAAAGCUAAAUCAAUAAUAUCUAGGUCUCUGUUUUCUUUACACACAACUGCAGAAGAUUGUGUUCCUGCCAGCAGGUAAAACCCAGCAGGACGCGACAGCUUGAUGCCAGUCCGCUCGUCUAAGUUGCCAAAUGCGUGCUGGGAAAUGUAGGAAUCACUAUUUGUAGUCUUGUCGGCAACAACAACACAAACAAAUGGAAGAUUGCUUCAUGAUGGGAAGUGUGAGAUGAUUUUGGGGUGGAAUUUUCCGUUUCUCUUGUUUUAUGUCUUAUAUUGUAACUGUAUCUGUAUUGUAUUUGGUCCAGUCAGAUUUAAGGAGCAACAUGGUUGCUAACAGAUUGGCGUUACCGCCCUUGUUUUGCGUUGACAAUGUGUUGACACUGAUGAAUGAAAAUGGUGGAUUUGGACUUGGAGCCUUGAUAGCAGGCUUACGAUGCGACUUCACCUAGAUGGGGCCGGGGUAACAAUUAAAUCCACCACCUUAAGAGCUAUUAUUACUUCUUUUAUGUUUAACAAAUUACUGUCAAUCAAAAUUAGCCUGUUUUCUUUUCUAAAUAAUUACUGAUUUUUAUUGCUUUUUUUUUUCUUUUCCCAGGAGUCGUCCUCUGAUAGAAUAUUUACGGUAUGUUUUCCAAAGGGGAAACAUUGUUCUUGCUGUUUUCUUGCAGGACCUGGUCGGUUACCUCCUAUACGAGAAGGCAGAUAUGGACCAGAAACACCAGCAAAUGACUAAAAAAGAAGAUCUUACUGUUGUAGGCACAUAACAGGGUAACAGGUUUAAAAAUGUGUGUUUCAUGUAAGCCAUCGUCACAGGUCUCGGUUAGAUUCAGUUACAGAUGCUGUCGGUGUUUUGGAGUCAUUUGCAAAGACGAGUAUUCAUAGGAACGUUGAGUCAUCCUGUUAUUGAACAGGCUGCGUGUCACUAUGGGGGCCCAUUCGCUGAUACUGUACUUCUUACACAUUCAGUAGAUAUGUAUAUGUUGUUUUGCACAGUAAUAAACGGAUUUCAUUAAUAUAUGGAAUGUUCAUGUUACUGUACUCAUGAUUCAAUAGAUGUAACCUAAUUUUUUUUUUUUUGACCUUUGUUGUUUUAUCAUACCAAAUUCUGUAUGAACUGUAUAAUGAUGACCCCCCCCCCC